AUGCGAAGGACGCUUCGCCGCUCUUGCGCAGCCUGUGCCAGAUCCAAGUACAGCUGCGAUCUUCGCACUCCAACCUGCUCACGUUGUAUCAAACGCCGCAUACAAUGUGAAUAUGCAAAUGAGCCUUUGACUGCUCCGCCGACGACCCCGAGGUCAGACGCUGCUCCGUCGUCAAUUGUGCUCCUUCCUGCAGACAUAAGCAGGUUCAACUCUCUGGACCCCUUUGAUUCGUAUCCACAGACAAGGCUUGGUCGUCAACAUGUUCAACGCCUUAUACACAGCUUCCUAACCAAGAUUGCUUUCCAAUACUAUCCUCUAGAUUUAAAAGAGUGCUCUAACCCGUUCAUUGUCUCAUGGUGGCCAUUGGCUUUAAGUGACCCAGCCCUUUUCCACGUCUCGCUCCAAACGGCAUGCCUCGAUGAGGAACUCCUAGCACAGAGAGGCUUCCAGACAUCGGAGCUUCUCAUGGCAGACUCAGUGGCUUUGCUACGACGCAAAGUUCAAGACCAAGAUUUGGCAGUCCAAGACAGCACUAUGAAUUCUGUCAUCACUCUAGCAGCCAUCGAAUUCGGUAAAGGAAAUAUUGAAGUUAGCCAGAUGCAUAUACAAGGGGUGAGGAGGAUAGUACAUGCGAGGGGUGGCAUCAAAGAAGUAAAACGGACAAGUCCUCUUACUGCACGCAUGGUUAGCUGGGUCUCAAUGAUUCUCACAGGCUAUGCGCAGUUUGAUACUCAAGAUGAUUUUGGUGUUGGAGACGGCAUAUCUCCUAUUUACGAAUGGCGUCUGAUCCAACCUCUCUCUGAGCCUAGUGACACUGGAGACCUCAACGUGGAUGAACCGGUCGCGAACAUCCUUCACCGUCUUCGCCAUUUGUCACUUACAGCACAACAACUACCCCUCUCAACCACAAAACUUCAUGAUCUCGCAUGCUUUGUGGUACACAGGCUUCUGCCAACAGACUCGGAUUUCUCAUGCUCCACGCUAUCAUCCACCACGGAAGUCAUGCGCUAUGCUUUGGUACUUUACAUGCUCAUCAUCCACGGAACGACCUACUACCCACACACUCUUAUACUCAACCAGGCCCUUGCACAGUUUGUAAAACAUUACGAACAAAGCGAGCUAGUAUUAUACACGCAAGAUGCAUUGCGAGUAUGGCUUCUUGCGAUUGGUAUGGUGGCUUCAAUCGGCACGAGUCAUUAUCCUUGGCUAUCAGGAAAAGCAAGAACUACUGCUGCCUCAAUGCAGAUGCGUACAUGGGACGAAGUCUUCAGCCACGUCAAGAGUAUUCUAUGGUUUGGUAUGGCACCUGGUGAGUCUGGUUUCCGACCACACUGGGAUGCUGUGUUCAACGCUUUGAACUUACCAGCGUUGCCUGAGAAUCAAACGGACCACCUGCUGAACAGCACGAUUGUGAGAUAA